GACGCGCGGCGGCUGCAGGAGGCGGCGGGAGCCGCCGCCCGCUUCGGGCCCACCCGCUUCAGCGACCGCACGGAGGAGGAGUUCAUGGGCGCGCCGCUGACCCCCCUGGGCAGGAAACCCCUCACCUCAUCCCUGCGGAGCCCCCCUGGGAAGCCAGCGCCCCCCAGCUGUGAUUGGAGGAAGGCCGGAGCUGUGACCUGCCCAAGUGAUCAGCGCACGUGUGGCUCCUGCUGGGCCUUUGCUGCUGUUGCCAACGUGGAGUCGCUCUGGUUCAUCCACUUCAAGAAGCUCUACAAGCUCUCGGUCCAAGAGGUGCUGGACUGCAGCGGCUUCAAGGAUGCAUGUGAAGGCGGCUACCCCUGGAACGCCUUUGGCACCAUCUAUAGGCUUGGUGUGAGCACUGCCAUGAGUUACCCAUACGAGGCCCAGCAGGGCACGUGCCGGUCGAACCAGGACAACGUUGUCGUGCGCAUCCAAGGCUUCCAGACGCUGCCGUCCAACGAGAGCCAGCUAGCUGCCCACGUCGCCACACGGGGUCCCAUCACUGUGAUCAUGAACAGCCGGCUCCUGCAGCACUACCGAGGGGGGAUCAUCACCAAGCACUUGGCGUCUAGCUGCCACCCCGACCUCCUGAAUCACGUGGUGCUGAUCGUGGGCUAUGGUCAGGAGAAGAGGAUCCCGUACUGGAUUGUCAAGAACUCGCAUGGCUCCGACUGUGGGGAAGAGGGCUACUUCCGAAUCUACCGUGGAGGCAAUGCAUGUGGCAUCGCGGAGAUCCCCGUCACAGCCACCGUGGGGCAGGAUGGGGAUGGGAGCACAGCCCAUCCAGAUCACUGCCCGGCCUGACCCUGACCAAGGGGCAGGAGGAUGGAGGGACAUAAUAAAGCAGGAAGGCACAGAAAAGUGUGACAGAGUAUGAUGGAGCCGUGGAGUUGGUGGGGAGGGGAACACGCGGGGAACCUUAGUGUUCGGGACACACACACACACAGACACACACAGAGCACCCAGGCAGCUGGGAUGCCUCUCCCUCACAUAGAGCCCCGGUGUCCGGCACAUACACCCCACCUCCCCCCAGUG